AUGAUUUGGGGAGCGAGCAGCUUGUUGGUGUGCUUCAUUCCGCUUUUAUCCGUCUCUGCGAUACCAGUAAACACCGAAGCAGACAAUGCUCUUGCGAUCACACGGUCUGCACAAGCAGCCAAGGCACCAGCUCUCCGCAUCCAUGCUAUCGGAGCCUCGAUCGUGUAUGGCCAAGGCUCGGCGUAUGGAAAUGGGUUUCGGCGAGCGAUGAGGAGCGCGUUAGUGGCAGAGGGGAGGCAGGUGAAUAUGAUUGGUAGCAAAAAAUGCGGCCAAAUGGGCGACAACGAAUGCGACGGCUUCCCCGGUCUAAGGAUUAGCCAGGUCCAGAACCAGACGGGGCUGAAAACAGCAUUGAAGCAGAAGCCAAAUGUAGUCCUUGUGCUUGCAGGGACAAAUGACGCGCUGCAGGGCCAUGAUCCGAACGCUAUGGCAAAUGACAUGUACAACUUCAUCAGUUACAUCCUCAGCAUCGCGACUAACGCCGUCGUCGUUGUCUCCACGCUUCCGCCAAACGGUAACAAGAAAGCGGAAGCUGUGAUCAAGGGGUAUAACACGCUUCUUGCGGAUGUUGUUGAGAUACUGCGAGGUGACCUGAAGAAGCCUGUUUUCAUGGUUGAUAAUCAUAGCUCUUGGUGGAGUAUGGCCGACAUGCAAUCUGAUGGCACCCACCCCAACGACAAUGGCUACGUGAAGAUGGCGCGCGUUUUCUACGAUGGGAUUCACACCGUUGCACCCUGGACCACGACGCCGGCGCAGUCGAGUUUACCGGCGAUGGGGCCGAGUGAUCCGAAGAGUAUUGGGCCGGCGCCUGUGUUGCCGCAGCAGCCAAAGGCAUGA